AUGGCAGACGAAAAAGUGGAAAUAAUUAUUGACGAUAUGAUUGCUGAUGUGGAGCUCAUCAACGAGGCAGAUGAAAUACCGGAGCUCCGGAAUCUUUUGGUAGAGGAUUGGAAUCUGGAUCCCACUGUUUAUGCCAUCCUAAUUAACCACGGAAUAACCUUGUCGUAUUUGAAAGACCUUGACGAAAAGGCAUUGAACGAUGUGUUUUCGGUAAUAAAAUGGACCGGACACAAACAUUCGCUACGUUCUAAGCUGGAACAUUGGGAUGAAAGCGUCUUAUUUCGACCACCUUCCAUCAACCAGCUGAACGAACCAACUCCUUCGAGUUCUCAACAGGAAAACGUCUACAAUACUCAGCCAGGACCUUUCAAACGCAAAUUGCUCCCUACAGCUGUGACAAACAAUUUGUUUCUCGACAUAUUGCAGACAAACGAAAAGAGAAAAAUAGUCACCCAACACUACAUAGCUAAUCACAGGCUAGAUGUUGAGCACAAGCGCUUUUUGGCCCAUACUGUAGUCGACUACUAUAUUGCCAACGAUAAUUACUUCAACCUUGCUGACAUGGAACGUUUCGCACAAUUGAUUGCUGCGCGAUUCCCACCUGAAAUAGCUGAAACCUACUACAACCCGCGUGACUUCACAGCCAAUAAGAUGCACCCUUCAGGACUAUUAUACGACAUAUUCCACAACAGAAACAAAAAAUCACUCAUAAGCCGGCGAGCAACAAUUAUUGAUCACUGGAAAGAGUGUAAGGCAAAGGUAUCCAAUCUUUCAUCAGACGGUGAGUUGCUAAGCUAG